AUGAGUGAAAUUGAUAAGUUGAAGUUUUCUCAAAUAGCUGAUGAAGACACGAGGCGCCUCAAUGCCAAUCCGUAUAUUCCUCCUGAAAACGUUGAAGAUAAGGUCAUCGAAAGGGAUCCAAACCUACCUGAUUUGGCGCACUCGGCUUUCUUCUAUUUUUACGAAGACGAGAGGGACAAAGUAAAAGCCAAAUUACCUGCCGAUAAACUGGGCAUCGCAAUCCCAAAACAUAUAUCGAAAGAGAUAACUGAACGCUGGGCAGCUAUGAGUUUAGCGGAGAAAGCCAGAUACGAAGAGCUUGCCGCGAAUGACUUGACUCGUUGUGAAGAGGAAAUGGCUAUCUACAGGGAAAAGAGAGCCAAAUCUAGAUUAGAACAAGGCGAUAAUAAGAAGGCUACACAAGAAUAA